GUGUUGCUAUCCUUUCUAUUCGUAAAUUUCUGAUUGCGGAGCAGGCUCCCUGAUAUCCACAUUAUCGUGAGCCGACGCUCGUAGUUUUAUUUACAACAACCACUCCCGUAAUCAUGGGCAAAACUCUUGUUCCACUUUCUGAGCGCCGUGCCUCGCGCGUCGGCGGCAGCGUGAACAGCCAGAGCGCGAAUAGCCCUAGCCAUACCUCCAUCGGUUCCAGCACCACCACACAGCCCAGUCACAUCCCAUCGCACGCCGCCAAUCGUAUCCUUCGCGACCGUAACCCGUCCCUCACGCACAAAAUUGACCAAAUGCGCCUUACCUUAGCACCCAUAUAUCCAAUACACAUUCCCGCUGGCCCGCCGCAUGAGUCCUAUCCUCGCAGUGUGUUACAUUACUGGCUUUUAACCGAGGAUGAAAUAGAUGCCUUUGCGCGCUACUACCAUCAGGUAGAGCACACUGAGUACACGAGCUUGUAUCCCGCGUGCAUGGGCUGGGACAAGGGGUUCCUCUCACGUGGACAAGACAUCGAUAGAUCCAAUAGUGUCAGUGGUGUCUCUAGCGGCACGGGAGAGAACAUAGCGUUCAAUGACGAUGGAUUGAUGAUCGGUCUCGGACUGGGUGCUGUGGAGGACCAUUAUGCCGAGGCGAGACGGCGCCGGGGCGAAUUGAGUGCGGUGGAGAGGCUGGCGAUCAAGAGACGAAUGGUGGGCAAGUUUAUUGGGUUGCGAGGUUGCGAAACACCGAUGUGGGAGAUGAGAGCUAAGGUCAGGUGGCUAGAUGGUAGAGUUAGAAGGGAGAUUGAGGAUGAGAGGGAGAGGGAGUCAACUUUUAGGCGCGGACGCAAGUGGAUUUGACCUUUCCUAUGAUAUUCGCCCCAGAUGAUAGAGAGCGAAGCGCUGUACGUUGGAACUGAGGUCCGCUACUACUGU